AUUUUCUUUGCCCUCCCUAUGAAAUCCAGACAUUCCAGGCUUGACUAGCCAAUCAGAUUUGACCAGGCCGUUCACUUCUUGGCACCUACCCCAAUUGUUGACGCAGAUACGACAUUGCCGUUCCUGCAGUCUAGACAGCAAAGUCUCCUGGCUAAGAGCGGAUUGGAUUGCCGACAAUGAAACAAAACAGAGACUGGGACCAAAUACGACUUCCUUAAGCCUUGUCUAUCAAUUUCACCUUUGGACUGCAGUUGCAGCAGCAUCAAACCGCAAACCUGCAAUACUACUGGGUUGAAACUUCAAGAACAGUAUUGGCUGUACUCGUUAUGGACACUGAGAUGCCUAACCUCACUCACCUGGGUUCACCGAUUACCCAGAUGGCCCCCUCACACCUCUUUGGCUACGCCGCCCUCGUUUCCAAGUCCUGGGCAAGCACCACAAUAGCUGUGGCGCUUGUUGCAGGAUGGGUGGCCUUGUGUGCUUCGCUCCGCUUUAGACGCAUCGCCAACUUCCAGAAGAAGAUAGGCUUCACCGAUCGCGGCUCCCUGGCGAGCAUGACCAACAGCCAGGCUCAUCUCAUCAUCAAGAACCUGAUUGAAUUCGAAUUCCCCAAGAUGUACAUACUGUCUCUCCAGUUCGCAAUCUUCAAGACCUACGGUUUUGAGUCUGUGUCCAGGCUCAUUGUCGCUACCAAGAACUUGGCCGAUCCUGCCAACGCCCAAAAAAGAUACGAGGACACCACUGUUCUCUUUGGCGAAUUCUCCCUAAAUCCUCCCACCUCAGAGCGUGCCCUCAAGGCUAUCUCCCGCAUGAACUACCUACACAGCCGCUAUGUAGCUGCCGGCCAGAUUUCCAACGCCGACUUUCUCUAUACCCUGGCUGUCUGUGUUACCGAGCCCAUCCGCUUCAUGCGCCUCUACGAGUGGAGGGCCCUCACUGACAUGGAGAUCUGCGCCAUUGGUACGCACUGGAAAGCCAUCGGCGACGCCAUGGAUAUCCAAUACAAAGGCUUCCUUCGCCGGCAGUCCUGGGCCGACGGUAUCGAGUUCGUCGAGGACAUAACCGCCUGGGCCGCCGAAUACGAGAUCGCCGAAAUGAAACCCGCCAGGGUCAACCUUCAGGCAAGCUCCCAGCUAACUGAGAUGCUCCUCUUCCAUGUCCCCGACUUCGCCAAGUCGUUUGCUCGGGAGGUGUUGUAUGUUCUCAUGGGAGACCGCGUUCGUGCUGCUUUCUGCUUCCCCGAACCCGGCAUCGUCGCAUGCCUCACCGCCUACGCAGCCCUCGUCGUUCGCCGCUUCAUCGUCCGCCACCUGAUGCUGCCGCGCUUCAUCCCCGUCAUUUUCUUCUCGGAACCGAACCCUGACACAGGUCGCAUUCUGCACCAUGACUACCUCGUCCACCCGUAUUACAACCCAGCCACUUUCUGGAACCGCUGGGGGCCCAUCGGUCUCGCGACCCGGCUUCUGGGAGGAACGGUGCCCGGCCCGGAGAAGAUGAUGCCGCAGGGCUUCUUGUUCGAGGAUAUUGGCCCCAAGGAUAAGAUGGGCAAGGGCUCCGCUGAGCUGGCCGAGGGCGUCGAGCUGCUCCAGGGUCUUCGACGUGGCGCCUGCCCUUUUUCUGCUCCUUGA